UUGAGACAUGACUUACGUCGGAACGUAGUUCUCCCGGAGUGAUGGGUGGAGUGUCGACUGAAGAGUUAACUAACAACAUAAAAACUAUUACAGAAUUAGAGGUUUAUAGGGUCAAAGAUUCAGUCUUAGUACCUACCUGGCGAGAGAUAGGAGGUUGGGAACAACAGGACUUAGAAGACCUGAUAAAUGAAAUGGAUACCUGGUCACCACCUCAUGAUGUCGGUAUUAAAUCAGCAAAUAUUCUUCUCCUUGGUCCUCAAGGAGCUGGAAAAUUAAGCUUCUUCAACACUAUCACUUCAGUUUUCCGUGGUCGUAUCACAAGACAAGCUGUAUGUGGCAGCUCUGAGCAGGGCUUAACAUUAAAGUAUCGCAUGCAUAGUGUACAAGGUACAGCCCUGACAAAGCCGAUGAAAUUUAAAUUAUGUGAUACGAGAGGGAUAGAACAAAAUCAAGGUAUUGAUGGCACAGAGGUGAACUAUAUAUUAGAAGGCAAUAUACCAAAUGGUUACCAGUUUAAUCCAUCUAAACCGAUAUCGCCUGAUGUAUCUGGAUUCGUUUCAACACCAACAAUGGACGACAAGAUUCACUGUGUCUGCUUUGUUAUCGAUGGAAGCACAGUCACUGUCAUGUCGGAGAAAAUGCUUGAAAAGAUCAAAUCUCUACAAACAAAAGUUUGCCAAAAAGACUUGCCACAGUUAGUUCUAGUGACGAAAAUUGACAAAGUUUGCGCUCACGUAGAAGAGGACAUAUCCACAGUAUUUCAAAGCGUUGCCAUUCAAGAAUUAGUUGAUAAAGUUUCAGACAUGUUCGGUUUGCCAAGAAAUCACGUCCUACCUGUGAAAAAUUACGAGAAGGAACUAACCAUUAGAAAUGACGUCAGCAUACUGGCACUACUUUCUUUGCGGCAGAUUCUUCACGCAACCGAAGAUUUCAUGUUUAAUCUUCUGGAUUUGAUGGAUAAAGACAGGAAGGACACGGAAUCUUGGAAAUGAACAAAAUUCACAUAUUACAUUUAAUAAGAAUUAUUAUGUCUUAUCAUUUUGUCUUUUAUGACUUAUAAUAACAGUUAUUAAAGGGACUAAAACAUACAUUUUAGGCGAAAAAUUCUCCCAAUAUCCAUAAAAAUUGAGUUUUCUGAAAGUGACUAGUGGAACAAGCUUAUUGACAUAAGGUUUUUGCAAGAGAUUCUUAUAUAUAACCAAAUGAUAUUGUGCAGAAGGUAGUAAACCGUUGCAGCGCUUUUAAAAUAAUGCACAAAACUUACAUUCUUCUUGCAUUUUCACCCGCUUCAUCAUUUUGCAGUGUCAUAUAUACAUUCAAUGUCAAACUUAAACGACAUAACGAAAUUUCACAAACAAGCUACCGUAUACGAGGGGAAAGUUUUGUGACUCUUCAUCCAUUUAACCUUUUGUAACAAGGUUCUUGUCUGAGUUAUUUCGUAAGGCGUAGGAGUUUGUAAGCCGUGCGAAGUAUUUAUUAUGACGUCAUAUGCAUGAGUUUGUAGGUCGUACAUAGAAUUUAAUAUACAUCUCUCAGCUGUCACCAGAACGCUUCCAUGGAAUAAAUCCUAUUUUAGUUUCUGUUUACAAUGUGUUUUAAUCGUGUUAAAUUUGGAACGACCUUAUCUCGGACGUGCCUGUAUCCACCGUCUAUAUUGUUAUAACUAAAAGGAAUGUAUGUAAGUAUUCUUGAAAAAGGUAGCGUUUUCUAUAAAGUGAUCUGAACAUAAUCGACCUUCUUAAAGAGCCGGUGUUGUUCAAUCAAUGUACCAGCAGGGACUGACAAUGCCAGCUGUAGAGAUACACGCAGUGAUUAGAUGGCGUAAGUGGUAAGGUCGGUUUUGUACUUUGACCAGUUUCUGUUUUUAGAAUAGAAUGAUAAGCAUUUGGAUCCAAUAUUGCUUAUCUAUGAUGAUAAGAGAACUAAGGAUUUCGAUGAGUGAAUAUUUGUUGUGCAAAGUAAUGAGUGUUGGAAUCCUGGAACUGGUCAUUUCUCGAAACUAACUCGAGGUUAAUCGGAACGGUAACAGUCACCUAUCUAUAUAGAUUCAGCUUAUUUGCGAAUGUUACAGAUAUUAGCCACUUUUCAAACUAACAUUUUUAUGUCUAGCCUCAAGUUACAAAAAUACAUCCGAUUUGGAUAAGUGCGGGACACGUUUCACUAGGUGUUCUUUGUUUGAUUUGGGUUUAGACAGUAUCUACUUAUGUAACGGCGAGCAGUGAUGCUAACUCUGUACCAGUACAAACCUGUUCUUCUCUAGUUACUGCCAACUUACACACGCGAAUCAGCGGUGGAGGACGAAUGACUUCAGACACAGUCGUCACGCAGAACAUACACCUCGACCGGCGAUCGAACUCACCACCCCGCGAUCUGUAGAUCUGCGCUUUCCUUAUCUAGCUUAGUCGCUAAAGUGGGGUGGGAGUGGGGGAGCGUUUCACUGCGUUGGCAAUAUGAGACAUGUUUUGUAACAAAAUGUCAGUAUCCUGAACUGAUAGUUGAUUCAUUUUCAUCAACUGAACGACUGAAUUAACAGGUUGAAGAUGCCAUACGAUGAAGUGCAGUGUAUAUUUAAUAUACCAACCCUACAUACCGCUGAUAUUUCUAAACAUAUAACUUUUUUUUUUUGUAUUCCAAUCCUGUUGGGUGUUUCUUAUUCUUAAAAUCAAAAGUAAUAUUUGUGUUAUUGGUUUAUACAUUUAUGAUUUCUUCCGUUUUACAUCCUAUUGUCAAAUAUUAUAAGAAUCGUUCACUGA